GUACUGCGAUUCAAUUCAGCAGCCACCUUAUCAGCAAUUAGAGACAAGCUUAGAACCUGUUGUAAAGCAAUUCAUUUCAUCUGAGAUCACCCGCCAGUGUGCUAGCGUUUAGAAGUCCAAAAUGAAGAUAUAGCUUAUAAAUCUAGACAUCUAACCUGUGGCGCUCGUCUCUUAUAAGUUUCAGUAACAGUUUGACCUUCUCAUCGUCAUGUUGCUGCUAGUUGUGCUGUUGUUGUUUAUAGUGUUGAUUUUUAGCCUGAAGCGAUUCAAGCGACGCUACGACGUUUCAUCACGAAUACCAGGUCCACGUUCAUGGCCUAUUAUAGGAUACACGAGAUUCAUAACAGCUAAUAAAGAAGAAUUGUUUAAGCUUCUAUCCGAGCUGCAAGAACAAUACGGUGGCCUUUAUAAAACUUGGCUAUUUACUGAAUUGUGGGUCAUAACGAGUGAACCAGAAAUCGUGGAAAAAGUUCUCAACAAUCAACAGCAAUUUGUGAAAUCGGACGACUAUGAAAUGCUUAAACCAUGGCUUGGGACUGGACUUUUGAUCAGUGAAGGGAAAAAAUGGUUUAGUCGACGUAAAGCAAUAACUCCAGCGUUUCAUUUCAAAAUUCUGGAUGAUUUCGUUAAGAUAUUUGAGAAACAUGCCGAUGUUCUAGUAGAGAAAUUUCGGACCCAACAAAUCAUCGAUGUGACGACUUAUUUUCCUCUCUACACUUUGGAUAAUAUAUGCGAGACUGCCAUGGGGAUUGAAGUAAACUCACAAACCAAUGGAGAGUCGGAAUACGUGAAAGCAAUUCAGAACGUAGCCGAAAUCUCAUACAAACGAAUGUUCAAUCCGCUCUUGUGGUACAACUUUCUGUUUAAAUUAACUAGCCAAUCGAAGACAUAUUAUUCCAGUCUAAAAGUGGUACAUGGUACCACGCAGAGGGUAAUUGAGAAAAGACGCGAAUUUCUAGCAAAUAAAAUUGACUCAAGUGGCAAUGAUGAGACCCAAUUUAAUGAAUUUGGGAGGAAAUCUAAAAUGGCAUUGUUGGAUGUACUUCUGAAGACCACAAUUGAUGGAGAACCUUUAUCCGACGACGACAUACAGGAAGAAGUCAACACAUUUCUGUUCGCAGGUCAUGACACAACCUCAACGGCUUGUGGUUUUCUACUGUACAAUAUCGCGAAACAUGCCAAUGUACAAGAAAAACUUGUCACCGAAAUUUUCGACGUAAUAGGAAUGGAUAAAACCCUUGAUAUUACAAUGGCAAAUCUAAACGACCUUCGCUAUUUGGAUUUGGUCGUAAAGGAGUCUUUGAGGUAUCACACAACAGUUCCCAUCGUUGGCCGUCAAAUACUUAGCAACACAGAAAUUGGCCCCUAUUUACUUCCGGAAAACACAAACCUCUCCAUAAACGUAUACGGUAUGUGUCACAGUAAGCGCUUGUUUCCAAACCCAGAAAAAUUCUGGCCUGAAAGGUUUGAAAUCACAGAAAGUUCUGAGAGAAUUAACCCAUUUGCUUAUAUACCGUUUUCUGCUGGUCCGAGAAAUUGUAUUGGACAGAAAUUUGCUCUACUGGAAAUAAAAAUGAUGGCUGUGAAAGUAUUACAAAAUUACGAGAUAUCUGUGGCGAAGCCAGACGAAGAGCUUGUUUUCUCAAUUGGGUUAACGUUGAAAGUUAGCAACGGCAUUAAGUUGCGCUUCAAAGAAAGAAUUCUUUAGUUUGUAUUUCCUUUUUUUCAGUUUAUGGGAUGGUUUCAAAAAUAAUAAAUUUCUGGCACAAAGAUUUGA